AGAGAGAGAGAGCUCGCCUGACUCCUUUCAGCAUCUACGUAGCAUGGAAAUCAGUCGCUUUCUGUGUGGAUUAUGUGCCUUUUUCUACUUGUAUCAGUCUGUUUCAGCAGAGGCCACGUGCAAACUGAAGGCCAAGUUCAACCUGAGCGGCUACAAGAAUGUAGAGAAGAAGAAGGUUGUUAUCGGGGGGAUGUUUCCCAUUCACAAGAGAAUUGCAUCCAGUGAUGGCAACACUUCGAGGCUACCUGUGUCGUCUGGGUGUGAAGGGUUUAACUUCCGUACCUUCCGCUGGACCCAGACUAUGCUGUUUGCCAUUGACGAAAUCAACAAAAGGACCGACCUGCUGCCCAACACUGACCUGGGCUAUGUCAUCUACGACUCCUGCUUCACCAUUUCCAAGGCUGUGGAAGGGACCCUCACCUACCUCACAGGCCAAGAUGAGGCUGUUCCUAACUACCGCUGUGGGACUGGGGCCCCCCUGGCUGCUCUAGUGGGUGCCGGGGGCUCUGAUCUGUCCAUCGCCACCGCCAGAAUAAUGGGACUCUAUCACUUCCCACAGAUCAGCUACUUCUCCACAUGCUCUGCUCUGCAAAAUAAGUUCCAGUUCCCCACAUUCCUCAGAGUAAUUCCCAAUGACAAGCAUCAGUCAACAGCUAUGGCCAAACUGGUGCUGCACUUCGGCUGGACCUGGGUGGGCACCAUCGCUGCAGACGAUGACUACGGAAAAUAUGGCAUCAAAGAUUUCAAAGAGCAGGUGGAGGAAGCUGGAGUCUGCAUCUCCUUCUCUGAGACUCUGCCCAAGGUGAGUUCCCCUGAGGAUAUCCAGCGCAUUGUUGAGACAGUAGUGGAGUCCACCGCCAAGAUCAUUGUGGUUUUCUCAUCAGACGUGGACCUUAGUCCUCUAGUUCUUGAGCUGCUGCGGCAUAAUGUGACCAAUCGUACCUGGAUUGCCAGUGAAGCCUGGGUCACCUCUGCUCUUAUCAACCAACCUGGGGUAAGAUCAGUGCUGGGUGGUACCCUGGGUUUUGGGGUAAAGAGGGCCGACAUUCCUGGUCUUCAACAGCAUCUACUGGACCUGGAUCCCUACGCUGAUCCACUCACUGAAACAUUCUGGGAGACGUUGUUUAACUGCACACUGGACUACAGCAAAGCUGUGAGGCAGGCCAGACAGAGGGCAAAGGAGGUUAACGGCACACAGCCUCGGGCGGCGAGGGCAGUCCCUGAUGGGUUGUGUACAGGGAGAGAAUCUGUGGCAAAGCUCGACAACACAUACUCUGAUGUUUCCCAGUUACGAAUCACUUACAAUGUGUACAAAGCUGUGUAUGCAGUGGCGCAUGCGUUGCACAACCUGGAGCACUGUAAGCCUGGACAGGGGCCGUUCACUGGGAAAACCUGCGCUGACAUCAACAACUUUGAGCCAUGGCAGCUGAUGUACUACAUGAAGAAUGUGAAUUUCAAAGUGCCGAACACUGAGGAGGAGAUCUUCUUCACCAACGGGGAUGUUGAAGGCUUCUACGAUAUUAUUAACUGGCAGGUGAACAGUGGGGGGGAAAUCUCCUACAUUGUUAUUGGACAGUACAAUGGAUCAGAGGCCGAAGAGAGCAGAAUGACCAUAAGGAACGACUCCAUUGUGUGGAACAACGAAGAGUUAGAGCCUCCUCGUUCAGUUUGCAGUGAGAAUUGUCAGCCGGGCACCAGGAAAGGCAUCCGACAGGGAGAGCCAGUGUGUUGUUUUGACUGUAUCCCAUGCGCCGAUGGAGAGAUCAGCAAUCUAACUAAUGCUCGUGAGUGUAUCCUGUGCAGUGAGGACUACUGGUCUAAUGAUGCCCAUGAUGAAUGCGUACCAAAAAUUAUUGAGUUCCUGGCCUUUGGAGAGCCACUGGGCAUCACUCUCAUUGUCAUCUCUGCCUUUGGGGCUCUGGUCACAAUUGCUGUCGGAGUGGUGCUUAUUGUGAACCUCGGUACCCCUCUGGUUAAAGCCAAUGAUGCUUUGCUGAGUUUCACACUGCUGUUCUCGCUGGUGGUGACCUUCCUCUGCUCCAUCGUCUUCCUGGGAGAGCCUCAACCCUGGAGCUGCAUGACCAGCCAGGUGGCCUUGGCUCUGGGCUUUGCUCUCUGUCUUUCCUCUAUCAUGGGUAAAGCGGCGGUGCUCAUGCUGAGAGCCCGGGCCCUGAAAGCAGCCCGUGCCAGAGCCAAAGCAGCUGCCAAAGCUGCCAAAGCUGCAGCUGAAGCAGCUGCCAACAGCGGCAGUCCUGACGUCAUAGUAACUAACACGAAUAACAACAACGAUGCCAACACCUCUGGAAACCCUGAUGUUGACAUUCUCACGUUUGCCCACCAGAGGGCGAUGGCUGCUGUGGCAACAUUAAUACAGGCAAUAGCAUGCACAGUGUGGCUUAUCGUCCUCCCUCCACACCCUGUCAAGAACACAUCCUCCCAGAAUAUUAAGAUCAUUCUUGAGUGUGAUGAAGGUUCUGUGGUCUUCAUCUGUUGUAUCUUCGCCUAUGACAUCCUCUUAGCUCUGCUGGCUUUCAUCUUUGCCUUCAUAGCACGUAAACUGGAGGACCACUUCAGUGAAGCAAAGUGUGUGACCUUCGGCAUGCUGGUCUUCUUUAUUGUGUGGAUCUCCUUUGUGCCAGCGUACCUCAGCACAAGAGGCAAAUUCAUGGUUGCCGUUCAGAUUUUUGCCAUCCUGGCCUCCAGCUUCGGCCUGUUAACCUGCAUCUUCCUGCCAAAGUGCUACAUUCUUCUGGUCAAACCUGAGCAAAACACUGAGGAGAUGAUGAGGGCCCGUUCCAAACCACGUGACCACCUGGUCUCUACCGGGACCUCGGCUUCGCUCGCUACAGCUGGGACUGAGAUCACUGCUACGACUGCAUCCACUGCCAUCGAUGAUUAAUGGAGAAAUAUUAAAAAUACAAAGUUGUUUUGAUGGCAGAUUGUACCAUAUUGGACAACCAGUACAGCUGAUUAGGGUUUAUAGUUUUGUUUUUACAUUAUUUCACAAUUAUUAUGUUUGUCCAAUAUUAACUAACAUUAUUUACAUUUUAAAAUGCAUUUUCAUGAAUUGAAAUAAAGGAGAAUUCAGACAAACUCUUGUAAAAUAUGUAUCUUCAUGAAUUAGAUGGAGUUAAUAGGUUACUUAAGCAAUGUCCAAGUGGAAGAAUAACUACUACUUCCAUCUGUGAAGUGUAACAAUCUAAUCAUGUAAUCUUAUAUAACAAACUCUUAUUUCAGAAGAAGAAAAUCUAUACUGUUUAAUUUAGCCUUUACUAACUUCACUAUAUCUUUAUGUUCUACUAAUCAAUGUUUAAUUUCAUGGUUUACUGUCAGAGCUGCCAUAGUUCUGGUGGUGGAAGGAAACGUAAAGCAACACUUACCUCAUGUGUCACUUUUUCACAUUUAAACCCAUUUACCAGGUUGUAGAUUUGCAGGCAUUUAGUUUGUGUUAUUUCUCACAAAAUUAUUGUAUAAAAUAGCUUUCCUGUCAAUUUAGCCAUCAUAACCUGUUAUUGUA